AUGACUUCAAUCCCUGUCCCGGAUGUCCUUGCAUGGAGCUCUGAUCCUUCAAAUCCCGUUGGUGCCGAAUACAUGAUCCUCGAGAAAUGCCCAGGACGUCAGCUUCAUACUGUUUGGGGUGAAAUGGACGAGUUGCGUCGGUUUGAGCUGGUCAAGACCAUUGCCGAUUUCGACGGUCAGUUAGCGUCCACUGAAUUUCCCGUGAAUGGUAGUUUAUAUCUACGCACCUUCGGACCGCAAAAUUCAGUGGCUUUCAAUACAUCAAAAGACCCCCAAGGAGUUUUUUGCAUCGGCCCGGUCUUUAAUGAUUCCUGGCUGGGAGGUAUUAAUUCAACAAGGGAAACGGAGAUGGAAGCUGGACCUUGGUCCGACCUUUGUGCUUUCGGUUUGGCUCGAGCUCGCCAGGGCGCAUGGCAUGUGAAGAACACCGAGUACCUGGGUGCACGAGGCCCACAUUUUGGCUCUCCAGACUCGCAUCUACAACUUUUGGAAGUUGCUAUAAAGUUCAUCCCUGUUUUGGCUGCAACUCCUCUCUUGCAACGAUAUGGCCGACCCACUCUUUGGCACACGGAUUUGCAUAUGGGAAACAUGUUCGUUUCGGAAAAGGAUCUCACCAAAAUUGUCAGUGUCAUUGAUUGGCAAUUUAUCUCGAUCCUACCAAGAUUCACACAGGCACGGUGGCCAGAGUUUCUGACUCCGCCGGAAGGCUAUGAGACAGGUCCGAUUGAACCACAACUCCCGGCUGAUUUCGAGGAAAUGGACCCGGACGAACAAGCCUACGAGGUUUCACAGAAAGACCAAGCUUUACAAGCAAAAUGUUAUGAAGUCGCCCUUGGUCGAUGCCACCGUGACUCAUACCUGGCUCUUACCGGCAUUCACGACACCAUACGACGCUUAUUUGUUCUGUGCGAACGGACCUACAAGGACGGCAUAGUGCCGCUGAGAGAUUGUCUUAUUGAACUUUCUUGUAACUGGGAGCAAAUUGGACUCACCGGAAGGCCCCCUCUGACGCUCUCGAAAGAGGAACUAGCGACGCACGAGGUUUAA